GGCGGAGACCAGUUGACUUCGAUCCUCCGAGCACAGCGUACACAUAACACGUUCACUGUGCUCUCUUACUAUAUACAUUCACUGCACUUCCAAAAACCUACAUUUCUCUUACUUUUUUCUGUAAUCUUCAACUAGUCACUAUUAUCACCAUAUUAAAAGGAUGAUUAUCGCGUGUGAAGCUAACUCGUGAUUUGUAAGUUCGCGCGAGUCUGUGUGUGUGACACACCGCGAGUUCCUCGAAGGAUUUGCAACAACGAAAAAGCAGUAAUACAAGAAGAAAAUAGAAGACGAAAUAAAUCAACAAGAGAGAAAAAUAUCCUCGAAAGAAAAAGAGUAGCCCUUUUGGAUUCUUCCUCUCUCUCUCUCUCUCUCUUCUCUCUCUUUCUCUCCUCUCUCUCUCUCUCCCCCUUCGAGACUUCGUUCGAUCGAUAAUCCGCCGGGUACGUGUGAGUGCGCCGUCACGACGAUUAUUAACCAAUAUCGAGGAAGAAAUUGAAAAGGAAUCUCGUGAAAAAACACAUUCAUCAACGAUAGAAGCCAAUCGUCGAAUUACAGUGUCAAACGAAUAAGAGAAAUAUCAAAGAAAAUAUGAAGGCUAUGGUGGUUAGCCCCGUUGGUGGUCGAGUACCACCGACUCGUGGUGUUCUACACAACAGUUUGAGUAUAAACGGAACGAGAAGAGACCUCGAGGCGGAGGAAGUCGCCGCUUAUCUGACCAAGCUAAGAUCAUUGGUGCCGGAUAUGCCGAGGAAGAGGAAACUUUCGAAGCUCGAAGUAAUACAAAGGGUGAUCGAAUACAUAUGCGAUCUACAGACGACUCUGGAAGAGACCAAUGUACAUCAGGAAACAACAAAGACGAAACCGACGUCAACGAGACAGCCACUUCAACCUCUGCUAAAUACGGUGAGCACUGGAAGCACAAGCUCGACAACACCGGCAGCAGCAGUGGCAGCAGAGACGACAACAGCCACAACAACGAUGACGGCAAACAACUCGGUGGCUGAACGGUGACCUGUCACAGGACAAAAACUUUAAUGAGGACCAGAUCGCUAGAAGAGAUCGUCCUCAUGGGCUGACUCCAACUUGAAUGCAGGUUUCCAUCGGCCCGUAACUUCCGUCCUCUUCCUCGAAGAAUUCCUUCGUUUUCUUUUUCUUCGGGGCCCAAGAAAAACGGAAGGAUACGUGAACGAUGCGAGGAACUAGGAACAGGACGAGUAGACCCUUGCGCCCAGUACAAUCUCUUUCCUCGCGAAAGCCUGUAAAUACUUGUACAUACACUCAUCGCAUUCCUCGCACGACCUCUCAUCGCCGAUAGACAGCACACCACCGCCUCUGAUCUUCGUCUCUGUUUCUCUAUCUUUCUAUCUCGUCGUCCCCUUUUCUCCUCGAUCAGUAAACAUAUUCCAACUUGACGUAAAAAUAACAAUGUUUUUUCCUUCGAUUCCUCUCCCUCUUUUGCUUUCUACUAUGAAAAAUUUAACCAUCCAUUGUAGGCUUUCCCCAAUUUCGUCCUUUCAAUUGCGAUCGAUCAAAAGGCAACAUGAUAUGAAUAUCACAUUCUGAAAAUAUAUGUGUAAUUGCAUUUCAUUAUAUUCAGAAUAACUAAUUGUUCUAACUAAAUGUCACGUACGAUGCCCCACCCAACCAAUCGUAAAUCGAUCUUCGUUUGCAAUCCUAUUGUAAUAAAUGUUAUCUUCGCGUUGAUCAAAGUCUGUGUCACUUCUAACUCGCUCUGUAGAUAAUAAAGAAAAUUUUUAUUGCGAUUAUUACAUUUAUCGUACCUUAAAAUGCUAUAUUAUUAUUAUUAUUAUAUAAUUAUAUCAUUAUUAUUGUUAUCGCUCUUUAUAUUAUAAUUUAGAAACCUUCCGUAAUUAUUGUAUAUUCGCGAAGACUGAAAGGCUGUAACUAUAUCGUCGCACGAGGGUACUAUGCUCGUGUAUACAAAAUAAAUGCAAACUGUGUCUGUAAGUUA